AUGGCUUCCGCACAUAACUCCGUGUUCUCCGCGUCCACCCAGCACCGCGCGUUGGGUGAUGGCCGCUCCUCACUCAGCCAAGAUAGUGGUUCGUUGGAAGGGAGUUGGAACGAUGGGAUCUACAAAACUGGGCGAAGUGGUCGAUCCGGCUCAGGGGGAAGUGCCACCACAGGCACGAGGGGCGCCUCCUCGUUGGCGCCAUCCGUUGGAGGACAGGGAAGCUUCAGUUCGGAGCUCAAGAGUAUGACCUCCCGAAGUGUCACACCGCGAGCGGACAGCACAUACACAAGGCGUGCCAGCAGGUCAAUAGGGGAAGAUGAUCGUCCAACAACUGAGGAGCGGCAGGCUGUCAUUCGUGAUAAAAUCGCGAAGGAAAUGAAGAUCAAAACCGGUACCGAGAAUAUGCUAGAGGCUCUGUUGUCUAAACCACCAAAGCAAGCCAAGGAGCAACGCCUGAGGAUCGAGUCAGAGCUGAGUUCGUCCAACCGCAAAUUGGCUGAAUUGCAGAAUGAGUUGGAAGAGGAGCUCCUCCGCGCGCAGGCGCCCGCUACAACACCCCCGCGAAGCCGUCUUUCGAGUCUUUUCCGAACAAGUCCCGUGCGCUCACCCUCACGAAAUCCAAUCAAUCGGCUAGAACUUCCGGAGAAUGGGAACUUGGGCGAAGAAGAAGGCGACUCAGAGUCGCCGACUUUCGUGCUCUCAGAAACCCUUCAGGCUCUCGAGAUCGAUGGCAUGUCCCCGGACUUCUACGUUGAGCGUGCGAACAACCUAGUUGAAUUAUUCAAACGGCACCCAACCCUCAAAUAUGAUCUCGCGUGGCCUGUGUUUGGCUUGCGGGUUCAAAUCAUGCUUCUCAGUGACAGCAAGGAAGUGGUGGCCGCCGGCUACCGAUUGACCCGAUAUGCAAUUGCCGAUCGUAAAUCGCUCCAAACAAUUCGUGCGCUUCAUACCGAUGAGCUUGUUAUCCUCUCACUUGUCAAGGAGAGCAAAGCAAGCAUUGAACGGGAGCAAGCUCUUAAGUUCGUGAGAGCUUUCCUCGAUGUCAAAGACGGCGUUAAAGAGAUUCCUGGCGCUAUUGUGCGUACCAUUGUGUCAAUUGCCGAGCAUCACGAUGACCGCCUGCGAAACAUUUCGAUUAUGACCUUGGCGGAGAUCCUGGUCAAGGAUCCCGAAUUGAUUGCGUCAGUGAAUGGACUUGGUGCGCUGCACGAUGCUCUGGCCGAGGGCACGUUUGGUGCAUCCGAAAGUUUGAUUUCUAGUUUCUUGCAUGUCCUUGAUACUCCUCGAAGUAGAAAGUUUCUUCAGGGCUACGAGCUCGAGGCUGUUCUGGCGCCUUUCACUGAUUCUUUGGCCGACACCUUGAAGAGCGGUCGGUUGAAAACUGCGGCUCGCGCUAUCUCCGCCAUGCUGAAGACAUGGCCUGGCCUGGUGGUUCUUUCCAGAGCGGACGCAAAACCUCUUCGCUCUCUUCUCGAGUCGCUUCACUACCCUGAUGCCCAGGCGCGGGAUCUCAUCUUGGAAUUGCUUUUUGAUGCCUUGCGAAUAAAGCCGCCUUCAUGGUCAUCUUCGUUCUUGGCAGGUAGGAGGCUGACAACUUACGGGCGUGUCUCCAAUCUACGAUCCGAGUCCGACUUUGCCGGCUCUCGAGCCUAUCAAGAGAAUGGCAGUAACCGCUUCGAUCUGACGGCACAUUUCUCGACCCUCAUUCUUGCAGCCUUGGUCGAAGCCGGCUUGCCGCAGGCACUUUCAGAACUCAUCGAGGAUGAGACCGAUCCCGCACUUCGACGCAAGGCUACCCUUCUCCUGACCGAGGUCCUCAAAAUGGCCCAUCAUUCGUUGCCAGCUACGACCAGUGCAAACUUGCAGGUGCUUGCUCAUCUCCUGCCACCUGCUAUUCAAUUUGACACGGAAAACCACGAUGUCUCUACGUCGACCAUUUUUCAGAUCGAAAGCAUCAACCGUACUCUGGCACGAUCUGUUGGCUAUUCGAGCGGGGCGGGCAGAUACAAUCUGGAUCCAGAUCUGUCCUCGUCUUUGUUGCCCAACGAACAGGCCAAAGACAAACUCAGUGCCUCAAUGGAUGAGCAAACAUUUCGCAAUGCCAUUCUAGAGACCCAUGUCUUGAACUCAGUCAAUUUCAUGAAAUGGAAAUGGGACCUGAUUCACCGCCUCGUGGAGGGUCCCCUCACAAACCCCAAGCGCAUGGAUGAAGCGAUCAAAGGCUCCAAGUUCAUCAAACGGCUUCUUGGAUUUUAUCGUCCGUUCAAAUACCGGUUCGCCAUGAUCCCCAAUACAAAACCCAAUCAAAGAUACGUUCGUACCGGCUGCGCCUUGAUGCGAACUCUUCUCGUGACCCCCGAGGGCAUCAAAUACUUGGCGGAGAACAAGUUCCUCCGGCAAGUCGCAGAAUGCCUCGCUCAAUUGGACCGCAUGAGCGGUCUCACCUCUGCCUCGCCCCUUUUCUCCCGAGAGCAAAUGUCCAAUACGCUCAGUGGAGGCUAUUUCGCAAUGCUGGGUGCGCUCAGCUCCGAUGCACGUGGGCUGCUGAUGAUGGAGAGGUGGCACAUGCUCAACAUGUUCUAUCAUAUCAUCGAGCUGCAGGAUCGAAAUGACCUCAUCCAAACCCUCCUAGGAAACAUGGACUACAGCCGGGCAAGCCACCUCCGGGUCAUACUGUCCAAGGCUCUCACGAUCGGCUCCAAAGACAUCCGAAUCUUUGCUACGAAGCUGUUGCGAAAGUAUGCAGUUGGGGAUGUGGCUCUGUCUCCACAGAUGGCAAUCAGCAAUGCAGAGUGGGUUGUGAAGCUCCUUGUGACUCAACUUUAUGAUCCAGAUGUUACUGUCUGCCAAAUUGCGGUAAAAAUCCUGGAGGAAGCUUGCAACCAGCGCGAUUACCUCGAGUUUGUUGUCAAAUGCCGCCCCUCACUCGACCAUCUCGGUGAAAUCGGCGCGCCUCUUCUCCUUCGUUUCCUUUCUACAUCUGUCGGGUAUCACUACCUGGACGGCCUGGAUUACAUCACGCAAGAAAUGGAUGAUUGGUUCCUUGGCCGCAAUGACUCGUAUGUUGGGCUCGUCGAGGCCGCUUUGUCCCGAGCCUAUGUCGAUCAGCCGCGGCGCAAUAGUUUUGCACCGGAGGAUCUCGUCGAUCUUCAGGAUGUAGGGGCUGUACCUCCACAUUUCUACCGCGAACUUGCGCGGACUGCGGAAGGAUGCAAGUUGCUGGAGCAAUCGGGCCAUUUCAACGAAUUUGCAUGGACGAUUCGUGACUUCCGACUCAAUGAGGAGGACAACGAAGUUCUUCUCAAGGUCAAGGGGUGUUUGUGGGCCGUGGGCAAUGUUGGAUCCAUGGAGCUCGGGGCAGCCUUUUUAGAGUCUGAUCUUGUCGAGCGCAUCGUGUCGAUUGCGCAAGAAGCCGGCGUCCUCACCAUGCGCGGUACCGCUUUCUUUGUUCUGGGUCUCAUUUCUCGGAGCAAGCAUGGACUCAAAGUUCUGCAACAUCUUGGAUGGGACUCGGCUGUUGACCAGAAUGGCGAGUCACUAGGGUUCUGUCUGCCCGCUGACUUUCGUCGGCUCUUUUUGAUCUCUUUCCCGGGCUUCUAUGCCGAUUCAAGACGUCUGCCCUCGGAAAGGGUCAAGGAAGCCACUACCGACCCUGAUCCGGCCAACCAGAAGAUUCUCAAGCAAAUUGUUGACAUGGGAAACACUGUCCUGUCCAAGCGUUCAGCCGCUGACUUGUAUAACCUCAAAUCCAAGCAGCCUGAACGGUUUCACCAGGUCCAACUUUUCCGCAAAGCUCUGUGUAUUCUCGAAAGCCAUCAUUACCGGUUACCGGCUCGUCGCUUCGCCUUGGAUCUCUUUGACAAAAGCGUGAUGCGGCGAAUUGUGCUCGAAGAAGAUUCCGAGUCUGACUCGGACGUCUCAACAUGA